AUGGAGGCGCAGCGAGACGCCGCCGCUAGGGACUGGUCGGAGCUGCCUCUUGACGCGCUGUCCUCGAUCUUCAUCAAGCUCGGUGCCGUCGAGAUUCUCAUGGGCGCCGGUCUUGUGUGCCACUCGUGGCUCCACGCGGCCAAGUCUAACAUGUGGAGAUCCGUGAUCAUGGUGCGUGACGCCGUGGUAGCUGACAAGGACGAAAGCGCCCUGUGCGCAAUGGCGAAGGUGGCGGUGGACCGCUCCGACGGACAGCUCAAGGUGUUCUUGGCCAAGCAGUUUGUCACGGAUGAGCUCCUCAACUACAUAGGGGACAGGUCGCCUUCCCUGAAGAGCCUUGGCCUCAUAUCCUGCCCCGACGUCACCAACCAAGGGUUCACCCAUCUGACAACCAGGUCCCCGCUGCUAGAAGACCUCGUGCUUGUCAACUGUCGUAACGUCGGCGGCGACGCGUACGAGGCCACCGGCGUGGCAUGCGGAGCAACCCUGAAGCGUCUCGUGCUGCGUAAAGGGUGGUAUGACCAGAGAGGCGGCGCGCUUGGAAUCGCGACGAUGCGCGAGCUGCGGGACCUUUCUCUCGUCGGCAGCGACAUCACCACGGACGAGCUGGCGGCCGUCGUCGACGCCUGUCCUCACCUGGAGCGCCUCCGCGUGAACGACUGCUACAACGUCGUCGUGGACGACGACCUGCGAGCCAAGUGCGCCGGCAUCAAGGACCUGACGCUCCCCUCUGUGCAGGACGCGCAGGCGAGGUACUACCUUGACGACUAUGAUGAGCCGUUGAGCAGUCGCGAUGUCGAUGGUUGGGGCUCUGACUAA